UCGCGGUUAUUAACCCCUCGAAGAAUAAAAUAUAUUCAUCAUCUUCUUCUCUCACUAAAAUCCAAAAUCCUCUGCACUCGGGAUCUCCAGUGUGACUCCGAUCGUGCACACGCUUCAAAUCUCUGCUCGUAUCGGUUUUUCAAAUGCUUUAAAUUGAUUUUAUUGAAUAGCUGUCAUGGGGCCAACAAGAAAGUCUAGAAGCGUGAAUAAGAGAUAUUCUUAUAUCAAUGAAGUAUUUCCCCAUAAAGAUGGAGAUAGUGCUAAAAGAAGCAAAAGUAGGAAGAGGAAGUUGUUUGACAUGCUGGGACCCCAAUGGAGCAAGGAAGAGCUAAUUUGUUUCUAUGAAGCUUACCGCAAACAUGGUAAAGAUUGGAAAAAGAUGGCUGGUGCUGUACGAAACAGAUCUGUCGAAAUGAUGGAGGCUCUUUACACGAUGAACAGGGCAUACUUAUCUCUUCCAGAGGGGACUGCUUCAGUGGUUGGGUUGAUUGCUAUGAUGACUGAUCAUUACAGCAACUUGGCAGGAAGUGAUAGUGAACAAGAAAGCAAUGAUGGAGCAGGAUCAUCUCGGAAUUCUCAAAAGCGUGCUCGGGGAAAACUCCAACCCACUACCUCUAAAAAAUUGGACGUACAAUUUAUUUCACAUUCCCAGACUGUUUCACCAAAUAAUGGUUGUGUGUCAGUGUUAAAGAAGAAACGCUCUGGGGGAAGCCGACCUCGUCCUGUAGGAAAAAGGACACCAAGGUUCCCUGUUUCAUUUUCAUAUGAAAAUAUCAAUGCGGAAAUGUUGUCUCCUCCAACCAGGCAAGGAUUAAAGUUAAAUGCUAAUGUCAAUAAUGAAGAAGUUGCUCAUGAAAUAGCCAUAGCUUUGGCUGAGGCUUCACAAAGAGGUGGUUCUCCCCAGGUUUCUCAAACACCAAAUAGAAGAGCUGAGAGUGUUAUGUAUUCACCUUUUAGGAACACUCAAAGAAAGCAUUCUGUACCAGCAACGGCUAAUGCGAAGCUCUUGGAUAUGGAUGAAGAAGAUUUGGAAGGAAGCAUGGAAGCUGAAACUGGAGAGUUGACUAGGAACGAAUCUCAUAGGACAGAAUCUGAAAGCCCUGGUACAGCAAGACAGAAAGGGAGAAAAUUUAAAUCCGCUAAGGUUGAAGUGGAUUACAAUAGUGAGAAUCAUUUGAAUGACGUCAAGGAAGAAUGUAGCAGGACGGAGGAAGGUCCAAGGAUUGGUACAAUUAGAGGUGACGUCGAGGUCACAGAACCCAAAAUUUCAAGGUCCUCCAUUGGUCAGAGAAAGAAAAGCAAAAAGGUUCUUUUCGGGAGAGAUGAAGAUGCCUUUGAUGCCUUGCAAACUUUGGCUGAUUUGUCUUUGAUGAUGCCAACAGAAAACGAAGAAGAGUCAAGGAUUCAGUUAAAAGAUGAAGAUGAUCAUGUUGAUGAAUCUGAGUCAUUGGAAGCUCAGCCAGUAAACCAAAAAAGGGACAGACGUAGAUCCGCAGGGGUUAGGAUGAACGGUUACCUAUCAAUGACAAAUUCUGAAGUGGCUUCUAGUAAAACGUCUAAACGUGCAAAAGGUUCAGUUUCCGGUGUUAGUGCUAUCGCUGAAGAAAACCCGGAUUCUCAUCAAUCUAUCUCCAAAACAUCAAGCAGAAAGAAAAAGAUGCUAGCGCCUAAGAUUCAAAAUAUUGAAGCUCAUCCUGGUGAAUCCCUAGGGGUUGAGGCUGGAGAUUCAGGGAAGAAGUUGAUGAACAAGAGUAAGAAAGCUUCACAAACUGUUUCGCCAGAACUGUUGAAAGUUUCUGAAAAUUCUUCAUGUGCUGAUCUACAAAGGGAAGGAAGUGACACGGCACAAUCAGCUGAUCAGGUCCCUGCUGUUGACCAGGUUAACUUACCUACUAAAGCCAGGAGCAGGUGUAAGAUGGACCUCAAAAAGCGAAAUAAAAUUCCAACUGACCAAAGUAACGCGCCUUUUUCCUCACUGCAGGACAGAUCAUUUAAUCAUAAGAAAAUACUGUCUAAUUGCCUAUUGAAUCCUCAUUUUCGGAGAUGGUGUGCAUACGAGUGGUUCUACAGUGCAAUUGAUUAUCCUUGGUUUGCAAAACGGGAGUUUGUUGAGUAUUUGUAUCAUGUUGGAUUAGGUCAUAUUCCAAGGUUAACUCGUGUGGAAUGGGGUGUCAUAAGAAGCUCUCUUGGCAAACCACGACGAUUUUCUGAGCAGUUCCUGAAAGAAGAAAAGGAGAAGCUUAAUCAAUAUAGGGAUUCUGUUAGAAAACAUUACAGUGAGCUCCGUGAAGGUAUCAGGGAAGGACUACCAACAGAUCUUGCACGAUCCUUAUCAGUUGGACAGCGAGUCAUAGCUAUUCAUCCAAAAACAAGGGAGAUCCAUGAUGGCAGCGUGCUAACAGUUGAUCAUUCUAGGUGCCGGAUUCAGUUUGACCGUCCUGAACUUGGGGUUGAAUUUGUCAUGGACAUUGACUGCAUGCCCUUAUAUCCUUUUGAGAAUAUGCCCGCUUUGCUUUGGAGACAUGCACUUACUGUUGAUAAGUUUUUUGAGAAUUUCAAUGAAUUGAAAAUGAAUGGACGAGUAAAAGAAAAUGUGAAUUUUUCCUUGGGUGACAAUCUGGAUAACGUUGAUGGUCUUUCCCAUUCUUCUCCAGCUCAUUCUGCCAGUGGUUUAUUAAAGCAGACAAAGAUGUCUUCUGCAAAUGCCAUUAUGCAAGCUAGGACUGGGCCUACAGAAACUACUACCUAUCAACAGACUGCAUAUUCUCAUCCUUAUUCACGAGCUCCCAUUCAGGCAAAAGAAGCUGAUGUUCAAGCUCUCACUGAGCUGACUCGUGCUCUUGAUAAAAAGGAAGCUGUUGUUCUAGAGUUGAGACGCAUGAAUGAUGAUGUGUUGGAAAAUCAGAAGGAUGGUGAUGACUCUUUGAAAGAAUCAGAGCCAAUCAAAAAGCAAUAUGCUACUGUACUCGUACAAUUGAAUGAAGCCAAUGAACAGGUAUCUUCGGCUUUGUAUUUCUUGAGUCAAUGGAACACAUAUCAAGAGAAUAGUUCACUUCUAUGGCCAAGGCCAGUCAGCGAUUUCAGUGAUUGUGGUGGCAUAAUGAGCUCGCAACCUCAUGAAUUAGGAAUACAAGUGAAUGAGAUCAUAGAUAGCUCAAGAACAAAAGCUCGAACAAUGGUAGAUGCAGCUUUGCAGGCAAUAGCAUCACUCAAGGGUAGGGAGGAUAGCACGGAGAAAAUUGAGGAAGCUAUAGAUUAUGUGAACGAUCGGCUUCCAUUGGAUGAUUGCUGCAAGCCAGGGGCAUCUGAUCCUAAGAUGAAUGCAUCCGAUAAAAGUGAGGCACAAAUUCCUUCUGAACUGAUUGCUCAAUGUGUAGCUACAUUGCUUAUGAUUCAGAAGUGUACGGAACGAGAAUUCCCACCUUCUGAUGUAGCACAGAUACUCAAUUCUGCUGUUACAAGUUUGCAACCGUGCUGUUCGCAGAACUUUCCUCUUUAUGCUGAAAUACAGAAGUGCAUGGGCAUCGUCAAGAACCAAAUAUUAGCACUGAUACCUACCUAGCCGGUAAAAUCAGAGCCUUUGCACUUUGUCGUCGUGAAUCUUACAUGCACAUAGUUAACUGCUAAUUUGUGUUUCGGAACCUGUAAUCGUAUGAAAUUUUCUUCCAUUCCAUUGUUAUUGGGAUUGGUUUUUAUAAGGUAUUGUAGUCAAUUCUUUGGUAUAGUCAAUUCUUUGGUAUAAAACUCUGGCUUGAGAAGCUAAAUUUUAUAGUUUCUUGUAGAGAGCAGAGAUGGUUGACAGCAA